CCUCCGCGCGUCUCGCAGCCGCCUCCCGCGCCGACCCGGCCGCAUCCUUCCCGCGGCGCGGAGAGACGCUCCCCCCUCCGCCGAGCAGAGACUCCUUUUUCUCCUCCUCGGGAGGGUGUCGCCACCUGGAUCGCCAAGUGUGAGGGAUCCGGGAGGCGGGGAGCGGAGCACCGUGACCCGCCAUGGCUCAAGCGGCCAAACAGCUGAAGAAAAUCAAAGACAUCGAGGCGCAGGCCCUCCAGGAGCAGAAGGAGAAGGAGGAAUCCAACAGGAAGCGGAGGAACCGCUCCCGUGACCGCAAGAAGAAGGCUGACGCUGCUACCAGCUUUCUAAGGGCAGCAAGAUCAGGUAACUUGGACAAAGCUUUGGAUCACCUGCGGAAUGGGGUAGACAUUAACACCUGUAACCAGAAUGGGUUGAACGGCUUGCACCUGGCCUCUAAAGAAGGGCAUGUGAAGAUGGUGGUUGAACUUCUGCACAAAGAAAUCAUUCUAGAAACGACAACCAAGAAAGGGAACACAGCUCUGCACAUCGCCGCCCUCGCUGGUCAGGAUGAGGUGGUCCGGGAGCUGGUCAACUAUGGCGCCAAUGUCAACGCUCAGUCUCAGAAAGGCUUUACACCUCUGUACAUGGCAGCACAAGAGAAUCACUUGGAAGUGGUUAAGUUUUUACUGGAAAAUGGAGCUAAUCAGAAUGUAGCCACAGAAGAUGGCUUCACACCUCUUGCCGUGGCUCUGCAGCAGGGCCAUGAGAACGUGGUGGCACACCUCAUCAACUUCGGGACGAGAGGGAAGGUGCGCCUCCCUGCCCUGCACAUCGCGGCCCGCAAUGAUGACACCCGGACAGCUGCGGUGCUUCUGCAGAAUGACCCCAACCCAGACGUGCUUUCCAAGACGGGAUUCACCCCCCUCCACAUCGCAGCUCACUACGAGAACCUCAACGUGGCCCAGUUACUCCUCAACAGGGGAGCCAGUGUCAACUUCACGCCACAGAAUGGCAUCACGCCGCUGCACAUCGCCUCCCGUAGGGGGAACGUGAUCAUGGUGCGGCUCCUGCUGGACCGCGGGGCCCAGAUAGAAACAAGGACCAAGGAUGAAUUGACACCUCUCCACUGUGCAGCUCGGAAUGGGCACGUGCGAAUCUCAGAGAUCCUGCUGGACCACGGGGCACCUAUCCAAGCCAAAACCAAGAAUGGCUUGUCCCCAAUUCACAUGGCGGCUCAGGGAGACCACCUUGACUGUGUCCGACUUCUACUGCAAUACAACGCAGAGAUAGAUGACAUCACCCUGGACCACCUGACCCCACUCCACGUGGCAGCCCACUGUGGCCAUCACAGAGUGGCCAAGGUUCUUUUGGAUAAAGGGGCCAAACCAAACUCCAGAGCCCUGAAUGGCUUCACCCCCUUACACAUCGCCUGCAAGAAGAGCCACAUCCGGGUCGUGGAGCUGCUGCUGAAGAUGGGAGCCGCCAUCGACGCGGUCACCGAGUCUGGCCUGACACCUCUCCACGUGGCCUCCUUCAUGGGGCACCUGCCCAUCGUGAAGAACCUCCUGCAGCGGGGGGCGUCGCCCAAUGUCUCCAACGUGAAAGUGGAGACCCCGCUACACAUGGCAGCCAGGGCAGGGCACAUGGAAGUGGCCAAAUAUUUGCUCCAGAACAAAGCCAAAGUCAAUGCCAAGGCCAAAGAUGACCAGACCCCGCUUUACUGUGCAGCUCGCAUUGGCCACACAAACAUGGUGAAGCUCCUGCUAGACAAUAAUGCCAGCCCCAACCUGGCCACCACCGCCGGGCACACCCCACUGCACAUUGCAGCCCGAGAGGGCCAUGUGGAAACAGCCCUGGCCCUUCUGGAAAAGGAAGCAUCCCAGGCGUGCAUGACUAAGAAAGGAUUUACUCCUCUCCACGUGGCGGCGAAGUACGGGAAGGUUCGGGUGGCAAAGCUGCUGCUGGAACGGGGUGCUCAUCCAAACGCUGCUGGAAAAAACGGCUUGACUCCGCUGCACGUGGCCGUCUAUCACAACCACCCGGACAUUGUCAAGCUGCUGCUUCGCCAGGGCGGUUCCCCGCACAGCUGCGCUUGGAAUGGCUACACCCCUCUGCACAUCGCUGCCAAGCAGAACCAGAUGGAGGUGGCCCGCAGUCUGCUGCAGUAUGGGGGGUCAGCAAAUGCAGAGUCGGGGCAAGGCGUGACGCCCCUCCACCUGGCUGCCCAAGAGGGUCAUGCAGAGAUGGUGGCUCUGCUACUCUCCAGACAAGCCAAUGGCAACUUGGGGAACAAGGGUGGACUCACUCCUCUCCAUCUAGUAGCACAAGAAGGUCACGUUCCAGUGGCAGAUGUGCUGAUCAAACACGGUGUCACAGUGGACGCCACCACGCGGAUGGGUUACACUCCACUCCAUGUGGCCUGUCAUUACGGAAAUAUCAAGCUGGUGAAGUUUCUGCUACAGCACCAGGCAGACGUCAACGCCAAGACCAAGCUAGGAUACAGCCCAUUGCACCAGGCGGCCCAACAAGGACAUACAGACAUUGUGACACUGCUUCUCAAAAACGGUGCUUCCCCAAACGAGGUCAGCUCGGAUGGAACCACACCCCUGGCAAUAGCCAAGCGCUUGGGCUACAUUUCUGUAACAGAUGUGCUCAAGGUUGUCACGGAUGAAACUGGUGUGGUGUUAGUCAGUGACAAGCACCAGAUGAGUUUCCCUGAGACAGUAGAUGAGAUCCUGGAUGUGUCUGAAGAUGAAGGAACUGCUCAUAUAACUAUAAUGGGAGGAGAACUUGUAGGCUCCAAGGCUGAGAGGCAGGAUUCCAGGGACAUAGAGGAAGACAAGGAGCUGCUGGAUUUUGUGCCGAAGCUGGACCAAGUGGUGGAAUCUCCAGCUAUCCCGAGGAUUCCUUGUGUCACACCUGAGACAGUGCUGAUCAGAUCUGAAGAGCCAGAACAGGAAUCUAAGGAGUAUGAUGAAGACUCACUCAUCCCCAGCAGCCCAGCCACAGAGACCUCAGACAACAUUAGCCCGGUGGCCAGCCCUGUCCACACAGGGUUUCUGGUGAGCUUCAUGGUGGACGCCCGGGGAGGCUCCAUGAGGGGCAGUCGUCACAACGGCCUGAGGGUGGUGAUCCCGCCUCGGACGUGCGCAGCACCCACUCGCAUCACCUGCCGCCUGGUCAAGCGCCAGAAGCUGAGCUCGCCGCCCCCGUUGGCCGAGGAGGAGGGCCUGGCCAGCAGGAUCAUUGCACUGGGGCCCACAGGGGUCCAGUUCUUGAGCCCUGUGAUUGUGGAGAUCCCCCACUUUGCCUCCCUCGGCCGUGGGGACCGUGAGCUUGUGGUGCUUCGGAGUGAAAAUGGCUCCAUGUGGAAGGAACACAAGAACCGCAACGGAGAAAGCUACCUGGAUCAGAUCCUCAACGGGAUGGAUGAAGAGCUGGGGAGUCUGGAGGAGCUGGAGAAGAAGAGAGUGUACCGAAUCAUCACCACCGACUUCCCCUUGUACUUCGUGAUCAUGUCGCGGCUCUACCAGGACUCUGACACCAUUGGCCCUGAAGGGGGCUCCCUGAAGAGCACGCAGGUCCCCAUGGUGCAGGCAACGUUCCCAGAAAAUGCUGUCACCAAGAGAGUGAAGCUGGCUUUGCAGGCCCAGCCUGUACCGGAUGAGCUAGUCACCAAACUCCUGGGCAACCAGGCGACGUUCAGCCCCAUCGUUACUGUGGAGCCACGGCGCCGGAAGUUCCACCGCCCCAUCGGGCUUCGGAUCCCACUCCCUCCUUCCUGGACAGACAACCCUCGGGACAGCGGGGAGGGAGACACCACCAGCCUGCGCCUGCUCUGCAGUGUCAUUGGAGGAAUAGACCAAGCCCAGUGGGAAGAUAUAACGGGAACGACCAAGCUCAUGUAUGCCAACGAGUGUGCCACCUUCACCACCAAUGUCUCUGCCAGGUUUUGGCUGUCGGACUGUCCUCGGACGGCUGAGGCUGUGAACUUCGCCAGUCUGCUGUAUAAGGAGCUUAUAGCGGUGCCCUACAUGGCCAAGUUUGUCAUUUUUGCCAAGAUGAAUGACCCCCGAGAAGGGCGACUGCGAUGCUACUGCAUGACGGAUGACAAAGUGGACAAGACCCUCGAGCAGCAUGAGAACUUCGUUGAGGUGGCCCGGAGCAGGGAUAUAGAGGUUUUGGAAGGAAUGCCCCUUUUUGCAGAACUCUCUGGGAACCUGGUACCCAUCAGAAAAGCUGCCCAGCAGCGGAGGUUCCAGUUCCAGUCUUUCCGGGAGAACCACUUGGCCAUACCCGUGAAGGUGAGGGACAGCAGUCGAGAACCAGGAGGGUCCUUGUCAUUUCUGCGCAAGGCGAUGAAGUAUGAGGACACCCAGCACGUUCUCUGCCACUUGAACAUCACCAUGCCUCCUCCCUGCACCAAGGGGAGCGGAGCUGACGACAGGAGAAGGACUUUGACGCCGCUGGCCCUGAGAUACAGCAUUCUCAGUGAAUCCUCCCCAGGCUUCCUCAGUGGGACAGACCGAGCAGAUAUGAAGAUGGCUAUCAUAUCAGAACACCUUGGCUUCAGCUGGGCAGAGUUGGCUCGGGAGCUGCAGUUCAGCGUGGAAGACAUCAACAGGAUCCGCGUGGAAAACCCCAACUCCUUGUUGGAGCAGAGUGUAGCCUUGUUGAACCUCUGGGUCAUGCGUGAAGGCGAAAAUGCAAAGAUGGAGAAUCUGUACACAGCCCUGCGGAACAUUGACCGGAGCGAGAUCGUGAACAUGCUGGAGGGCUCUGGCCGACAGAGCCGCAAUCUGAGACCGGACAGGCGGCACGCGGACCGCGACUACUCGUCAUCUCCCUCCCAGAUGAAUGGUUACUCCUCGCUGCAGGACGAGCUGCUGUCCCCUGCCUCCCUGCACUACGCGCUUCCCUCUCCUCUGCGUGCAGACCAGUACUGGAACGAAGUGGCCCUCAUAGACAUCCCCUUGGCGGCCACGGAGCAUGACACCAUGCUGGAGAUGUCUGACAUGCAGCUGUGGUCCCCGGGCCUCACACCCUCCCUGGUCACUGCUGAGGACUCCUCUCUGGAGUGCAGCAAGGCCGAGGACUCUGAUGCCACCGGCCACGAGUGGAAGCCGCAGGACACGCUCCCCAAGCAACUCCAGGGCCACCUGCUGGGCUCUGUGGACGGUGUGGAGGACAACACAGUGGAUUCAGAUGCCACAAAUAGCCUUAUCGAUUUGUUUGACCAGGAGGAUGGUCAGAGGUCAGAAGAGAAGCUGCCAGGUCAUAAGAGGCAGGAGGACUCAACAGGUGCAGGGCAGGACUCAGAGAAUGAAGUGUCUCUUGUUUCAGGCCAGCAGACGGUGCAAGCCCACAUCACAGAAUCGCCCACCGUGAGUCGGGUGAUGGAGACGAGCCAGGACAGACUACAGGACUGGGAUGAGGAAGGCUCCAUUGUCUCAUACCUGCAAGAUGCUGCACAAGGUUCUUGGCAAGAGGAGGACACGCAAGGCCCACACUCAUUCCCGAGAACAGUCACCACCAUCACAGGGCUGGAGCCCAGUGGGUCUCAGGAGUAUGAGAAGGUCUCGGUGUCUGCAGCUGAGCACUUGCAGAUAGAGCAGGCUGAGGCUGAGACCCCCCAGGCUGACUGGGAACAGAGACAACAAGGCCACCAAGAAUGGGUACAGGAGGCAGAGAGCACCUUCUCCCAGAUGGAACAGGUAAAUGAGCUUCAGAAUAUUCCAGGGGAGCAGGUGACAGAGGAACAAUUCACAGAUGAGCAGGGCAACAUUGUCACCAAGAAGAUUGUUCGCAAAGUAGUUCGGCAGAUAGACACACCUAGUGCCGAUGACACCCAGGAGCACGAGGAGGUGAUUGUUGAGGGGCCCCUGGAGGAUCCUAGUGAGCUGGAAGCUGAUAUUGAUUACUUUAUGAAACACGCCAAGGUGGAGCUGAGAGGGAGUAGCCUGCAGCCAGACCUGAUAGAGGGCAGGAAGGGAGCUCAGAUAGUGAAGCGGGCCAGCCUGAAGAGGGGGAAACAGUGACAUCGAGCCCCUCCCCUCCAAUGGCCUCUUUGGAGGAUCACAGCUCGACACCCAACCCUUGAACUCCACACACUCUGCUAUGCUCACAGGAGGAGAGCUGGACCGAGGGCUACGAAGUGGCGCACACGUUCCUCUAGGCAAUGGCAUGGUCUUCGUAAGGGGCUUCCUUUAGUCUCCUAUUCGCAUCAACGACUGACUGUAGACGCAUGACCUACAGUCCUCAAUCCUGCCUCUAGUGACGACGGAUCUCUGUCGGGAAACAGGACAACAGGACAAAAGCCGCAAGAAGCAGGGAGAGAGAGAGGGAUGGAGAGCCAGCGCAAGAGAGCGCGUGAACGCGGUGAACAAGGGCUCUUUUGUGGCUGGGGAUGAUAUAUUUUUUUAAAUCGUUUUAAUUUUGACUCGUUACAGGGUACUCUUUUUCAACCUCAUCUGUGAGAAAUCCAUGUGCGCUUCCGGAAAAGGAAAAAAAAAGAAAACUA